GGCUUUGAAACCAAAAACGCCAAGAUGUCGGAGAAAAAGAUGUCAUCGAGUCGCAAGCAUCAUCUGAAGAGUUUGAUGCUGUCCAUCGCCAAAGGUUUACUGGAGGAGGAGGAGAGGGAGCAAGAGGAGGAGAGGACCAGGUACAUGGCUGAGAGCUGCCCUCCCGUGUCCAUGCCCCGGAGCAUGCAGGAGCUACUGGAGCUGUGCCGGGAGAUCCACCACAAGAUCGACGUGAUCGACGAGGAGCGAUACGACCUGGAUAUGAAAGUCAACAAAUCCGACAAGGAGAUUGACGACCUAAAAAUCAAAGUCCAGGACCUGAUGGGUAAAUUCAAGAAACCCGUCCUGAGGAAAGUUCGUAUGUCGGCCGACGCCAUGCUGAAGGCUCUGCUGGGCUCCAAACACACGGUCAACAUGGAGCUGAGGGCCAACCUGAAGCAGGUCAAGAAGGAGGUCAAGGAGGAGGAUAAGGAACUGCGUGACGUCGGUGACUGGCGUAAAAACAUUGAAGACAAAGCUGGCAUGGACGGGAGGAAGAAGAUGUUUGAGACCGAGGCUUAAAUCAGCGACAUAUCUGCUCGUGACAGAGCUGCUGUAUCUUUAGUCCCUGUUUUUUUAUUGCCUGGUUUACUCAGCACGCCGUUUAGAUAGCACAAAUAUAUAUAUAUAUUAAAACAAACUACCUGUUUGGCUGAAUAAACAAACUGAAGGAU